AUGGUGCCGACUCCCGAACGGUGGCUCCGCUUUUUCCAUUUGCCUGGAUUCUGCGACACUCCUUCUCCUCCUCCUCUUCAUCCUCCUCCUCAUCCUCCUUCUCCCCCCACCCUCACCCCCACCUCCUCCGCCGCCUUUGUAUUGCCCUCGCUCGUCCUACCCCGCUCCCGCGGACCUUGUGUCUGCCAAAUGUCAUCCACUUAUGUUCACUACUCGACCCCGUCUUCUCUUCCCUCCGAUUAUGCUCUGCUCUCGCGGUACGCUGCUGCUAACGAUGCAAAUGACUCCGACGACGACUGCGAUGACAAUCAUAGCAACGAGGGCAUCCAGGCAGAUGCUGUGACCGCACAUCCUGGCAGCGUCGGUAUCCCCAGGCGCACAUCGCCAAGGGCUGUUUCGCGCCGUCGCAGUUUCCCCACAUCUCAUGUCGCCCCCUUCAAGCCGACAACUGGGCCUCUUCCAGACAAGGAUGGCUACCGCUCAGGUCCGUCAAGGGACGCGUCCGAGACGACACCAUUGCUGGCCCCUCUCGUGCCUCGCAUCGAAGAGGAGGUUGACCAGGAAGGCUUUCCUCGCUCCGAGCGCCCCGCUAGCAUGUACAGAGAAGAAUUGGCCAUUCUUACAAAGUACACUCUUCCGGUGUUUGGCACCCAUGUCCUGGAGUAUUCUCUCGUGAUAGCCUCCGUCGUCUCGAUCGGGCACUUGUCGACCACCGCCCUGGCUGCGUCUACGCUUGGCUCAAUGACCGCUAGCGUGACCGGCCUCAGUAUCGUCCAGGGUUUCGCGAGCACCCUCGAUACUAUGCUUCCUGGCGCCUGGACGUCGUCCCAGCCCCAGCUCGUCGGCCUAUGGGCUCAGCGCAUGGCUGUCGUAAUGGCUGCCGUUCUUGUACCCAUUAUCUUGGUAUGGUGCAAUUCCGAAGCCAUCCUUCUCUUCCUCAAGCAGGACCCAGAAGUAGCUCAUCUAGCGGCUGUGUACCUCCAAUGCCUCGCAAUUGGUCUUCCUGCGUAUACAUUUAACGCUAUCUCUAGACGUUAUUUCCAAUCUCAAGGUCUUUUCACGGUUCCGACCCGGAUCAUCCUCGUGAUAGCUCCAAUCAAUGCCGUCUUGAAUUACUUUCUUGUCUGGGGGCCUAAGCCCUUCCGUCUUGGUUUUAUUGGUGCACCAAUUGCUACUGCUAUAUCCUUUAACCUUAUAUCACUGUGUUCCAUCGUCUAUGGUAUCUUCUUCGUUCCCAGCACUGCUUGGCACCCUUUCUCGCGCCGCUGCUUCACGAGUCUUGGUGUCUUGGUCCACCUUGGGCUUGCUGGGGUCGGUCAAACUGCAUCCGAAUGGUGGUCUUGGGAGCUCGUCGGUCUUGCGGCCAGCAUGCUGGGGCCUGUAUCGCUAGCAACCCAGUCCGUCCUAUUGGUCUCUGCGUCUACUACCUACCAAGCGCCAUUCGCUCUCAGCGUAGCCACAUCGGUGAGAGUCGGAAAUUUGCUCGGCGAAGCAAAGGCAGUCCGCGCCGGCGUCGCAGCCAACGUGUCUAUUCUCAUGUCUCUAGCUAUCAGUUUAGUUUGGAGUACGAUGUUCAUGAUCUUCAGAAAAUCAUGGGCGCAUCUUUUCAAUGACGAUCCCGACGUUGUCGAGUUGGUGGCGACAAUCCUGCCUAUCGUCGCACUGUUCCAGGUCUUUGACGGUCUCGGUGGAGUAACGGGGGGCAUUUUGCGGGCUGCGGGAAAACAGUUCACUGGCGCGUUGCUGAAUUUAAGUGCAUAUUACAUCGUAGGCAAGUUGAUUGAAUCUCCCACUGGCAUCCCCUUUGGGAUCUGGCUCACGUUCUGGAAGGGGAUGCAGCUGCAUGGGCUUUGGAUCGGCCUUACUGUUUCUCUGGUUUAUUGUGCCACCAUUGGCGUGUGGAUUUGUGUGCGGACCGACUGGAACAGGGAGGUUGAGAAGGUGAAAAUGCGUCUGGCUGCCGAUCAGAAGACUGGGAGGCAGGAUCCUGAAGCAGACAUCUGA